AUGCUCCGCGCGCCUGGCAUCCCCGCCGUGCGUCUCCCGCGUCCCUUACCCCCACCCCGCGCGGCUGGCAUCAUCAGACGCCUUGUUGAUGCCCUGUAUCAAGUGCAUCAGGUCGACGUCGUUCACGCCGACCUCACGCUCCGCAACGUCAUCGUUGACCCGGCAAACGCAGACGCCGUCUGUGUCGUUGACUUUGGCGGCUGCUUUCUUAGGCACCACCCCCACCGAGAUCCCUCCUUCACCACCAGUGCCCACGUCCUUGCCCCAGAGCUCCUCUCAGGUGUCCAACCUGACCCCUCAGCCGAUAUCUGGGCCCUCGGAAUCUUCACCUGGGCCCUGCUUUUCGGCGGCCCAGGCCCGUUUGGCGCCUCCACCGCCUCCGGCGCCGCGGUCCUUGAUGAACUUGACGCCUUCGCUCGCGGUAAUACCAGUGUCCACUCGGCCUUUCAUGCAGCCGCCCGCCAGCUUGACCCUCCCAUCACCUCACAGCAACAGCUGCACGCUGCCCAUACCUUCAUCGCUACUUGCCUUGAACGAGAUCCAAAGGACCGCUUUCGGCGCGAGCUUCCUAACGACCAUGCCAUCUUUCCCACAUGGGCCCACGUCAUCGAUUACGACAGAAUAAAAGCCCAUCCUUUCCUUCAACUGUCUGCUGACUAAUCGCAAAGUAAACUUUCUUCGCAUAUUGCAUCAUGUCGAUAAAA